CUAGAAAAUGUUUAGGUUUGUCGCCGGUUCGACUGAUCUCAUGUUUUGUUGAUCCGUCACAACUACAUACUCCGAUUAGCAUUACGCCUGUCUAUCUGACAUUUCAGGAAAUACCGGUCUAAAGUGUGAAUUAUUUAUUUUUCUGCCAAGUUAACAUAAGAGGCAUCGAGUGCGAAGAUGUCAAGCCAAAGCAAACCGCUUUCUUGUGGCCUCGAUUAUGCGGCUGUACCAGACAUUGACUUGUGUCUACGGAUGUCUUCUCAGGCUGGGUAUGAUUUCAUGUGUGUCCCUAUUUACCAUCCUCGCAUGAAGAGAGAAUUGCUUGUGUCAGACGUCCACAAGAGGAGGCCUACGAAUCUGACUAGACCUGACUUUGUGCUCACAUCAAAUGAUUGGAAUCGAUUGGUGGUUGGCAAAUUUUCCCCGUGGAUUGACGUUGACAGCCCUGACGCGCAAAUCAAAGAGCACUCGGAGUUGGUGCUGCAGCAGGAGAUGGACUACUUCUCGCACCUUGGCUUGCCUGUGAUGAUGUUCAGACUGAAAGGUGGCAACCACGUCAACCUGGCGCGACUCAUCUACAAUAAAUUCACCUCGCUUCACUUCAACUGCUCUGCCUGGGUUGUGGUGCCUUUGGAGUCGCCUGUCACCACCGCUAUUUCUUACUACAGAUCAGAUGUCACAGAGGAAGUCCCAUCUGAAGACACCUGGGAGUGGUGGAAUGUGUUUCGCUCAGUAGCCAACUACAACAAACAUUUCAACUUGGCGUUGGAGCUUUCUGCAGAUAUUCCGUCUACUGCAAACAUUGAGCGCUGGCUUGGAGAACCUGUGAAGUGCCUCAUUGUGCCAACCAGCAUAUUCCUAACCAACAAAAAGGGCUACCCUGUUUUGUCUAAAGCCCACCAAGAGGUGGUUAAAGCCCUUGCAAAGCUUAACAUUCAGAUGGUGAUCCAAGGAAACAAAAGGCACGAAGACAUGAACUUCUACGUAACGUACCUGGACCAUCUUUACAAAAGCAGUGUGUCCGACGAUCCUCUGCAGUCAUUUGGCCAGGGCUAUGAAGAUUUCCUGCAAUGCCCACUGCAGCCUCUGAUGGAUAACUUGGAAUCUCAGACCUAUGAAGUGUUUGAGAAGGACCCCGUCAAAUACAACUUAUACCAGAAAGCAAUCUACCAUGCUAUGCUGGACAUGGUGCCUACAGAACUUAAAACGCAGAAGACUUUGACUGUUAUGGUCGUUGGGGCUGGUCGUGGUCCACUGGUCAGAGCGUCUUUAAACGCUGCUAAGUUGUCAGACCGUAAUGUUCACGUCUAUGCGGUGGAAAAAAAUCCAAAUGCAGUAGUCACACUGCUCGCCCAGAAAGAGGAUAUGUGGGGAGACAAAGUGACAGUAAUCUCCAGUGACAUGCGGCAAUGGAACCCUGAGGAGAAGGCAGACAUUAUUGUGUCUGAACUGCUGGGCUCAUUUGGCGACAACGAACUUUCCCCUGAGUGUUUGGAUGGAGUCCAGCACCUCCUGAAAGAAACCGGAAUCUCCAUUCCUCAAAGCUACACCUCAUACAUCAGUCCCAUGCAGUCAUCAAAGUUGCACAAUGACGUGAAUGAGUGCACUGACAAGAACAAACAUCCUCUUGCUCACUAUGAGACUCCAUAUGUAGUGAAUUUGCAAAACAUUUACACACUGGCACCUACUCAGUCUCUCUUCACUUUUAUUCAUCCUAACCUUGAUGAAGUAAUUGACAACAGAAGGAGCGAAAAGCUGAAUUUUGAAAUCAAGAAAAACUGCAUUCUGCACGGAUUUGCUGGAUUUUUCAGCUGUGUCCUGUACAAAGAUGUGAUCAUGAGCAUUGCACCACACAACCACUCACCUGGAAUGUUCAGCUGGUUCCCCAUUUACUUCCCUAUCAAGGAGCCAGUCCAUCUCCGCAGUGGUGACAAGCUAUCAGUACACUUCUGGCGGUUGUGCAGUGAUAAAAAAGUCUGGUAUGAGUGGUGCAUCUCUGGCCCUGUACCAGUGCCAGUUCACAAUCCAGGAGGCAGGUCUUACUACAUUGGACUUUAAUUUGCUACCGUUAGCAUUUCAUCUCAUGAAAGAAACUUCUGCAAAUGUAUUAUUAAAAAUGAAUUCUCCUUAAUUA